AUGGCUGCACCUGGGCCACUCCUACCCUACAACAUCACCUUAGACAGGGUGCAGGUGAGGGACCUUCCUUUGCUUCAUAUCCCACUUCCAUUUGAAGCAGGAAAGAAAACUUGGAAUCACCGAAUCCGUCAAGUUCGGUCCUCUGCAGGGAAAGAUCUGUCCCCAAUUGCCCGAAAGUUGCGGAUUCUAGAGAGAGAAAGUGGGUGUCAGUAG